AUGAUAAAGAGAGAGGGUGGAAAUGCUAAAGACGGAAGUAAAAAUAAACACGCAAUAUCUUUCUGCACCUCCCCAUCCUCCUCCCGCUCCUCUCACUCCUUCCUCCUUUCUUCUUCUCCUUUCGCUCUUCAAUACCCAUCGCCAUCGUCAAUACGGUUCGCAGUAGAACAAGAUAACGUUUCCUCUUCCUUCUCCUUCCUUCUUUGUUUAUCUAUUUCUGCCAAAAUUACGACGCACCAUAACCGCCCCUCUGUAAUGUUAAACCAUGAAUCUAAAUAUGCGAAUUUCACCUAUUUAAUUCACUCACUCACUCACCACUCACUCACUCACUCACUCACUCACUCAUUCUGUUUGUCUCUCUAUCUAUCUAUCUAUCUAUCUAUCUAUCUAUCUAUCUAUCUAUCUAUCUAUCUAUCUCAGCAUGUUCACAAUCUAUCUAUCUAUCUAUCUAUCUAUCUAUCUAUCUAUCUAUCUAUCUGUUUACUUACUCACUCAAACGCACACCCACUCACUCAUUAUCUAUCUAUCUAUCUAUCUAUCUAUCUAUCUAUCUAUCUAUCUAUCUAUCUAUCUAUCUAUCUGUUUACUUACUCACUCAAACGCACACCCACUCACUCAUCAUUAUCUAUCUAUCUAUCUAUCUAUCUAUCUAUCUAUCUAUCUAUCUAUCUAUCUAUCUAUCUAUCUCAGUUUGUUCUCAAUCAAUCGAUCGAUCUAUCUAUCUAUCUAUCUAUCUAUCUAUCUAUCUAUCUAUCUAUCGAAUCUGUUCAUAUCUAUUUAUGA